CCUGGCUUGAACCCGGGCAUGACCCGAGGGUUUAUCUGUUGUUAUAAUUUUCCCAAUUUGUACGGAACCUCUCCAAAAGGGAAAGUGAACAGAGAAAGGAGGCUGGGAAAAUUAGGGUUUUCCGGAAGAAGAAGAAGAAAUCAGCAAAACAAUGGAAGGAAUCACAGAGGGAGUGAAGAACAUAAGUGUAACUGAAACCCAAAAGAAGAACAGGAUCCAAGUCUCUAACACCAAAAAAUCCCUCUUUUUCUAUGUUAACCUCUCCAAGAGGUACAUGCAGCAGUACAAUGAAGUGGAACUCUCUGCUCUUGGGAUGGCUAUUUCAACAGUGGUUACCGUUGCUGAAAUUCUCAAGAACAAUGGAUUUGCUGUUGAGAAGAAGAUCAGGACACUCACUAUUGACAUGAGGGAUGAACCAGGAGCCAGACCGAUACCAAAAGCAAAGAUUGAAAUAGUGCUCGGAAAGACAGAGAAGUUUGAUGAGUUAAUGGCUGCAGAAGCAGAGCAAAAUGGGGACAAUGAGGAGCAGAACUGAUUAUUACAUCUGCUCUCUUUCCUGAUGAUUAAAGCCAAGCUACUACUUUCAGGGAUUCAGAAGAGAUGAGGAAACUGUUAUUGGAAUCUAUGGUGUUUGAUUCGGUCUGUUGACUAUGACUUUCUUAAUCUGUUCAAAAGAAAAGGAUGGUUUAAUUUAAAUUCAUUUAUUUUGUUCGAUGUGUUUGCUUUUAUUUACUUGGUUAUCUAAGGCGGUGUUGGAUGCAAAUUAAUCUUUACUCCUCUCCUCACUGUAAGUGAUGUAGUAUCAAUUUCAUCUGAUACAUCAUCAUUGAACAAUAAGGAUAUGUGGGUUGAUGAUUCUGUAA